GCUUCACGCUUGCUUUUGCAACCUCCCGUGCUCCCCUCCAGCCAUCUCGUGCAGUGUAACGAUUGCUGCCUUCGCCAGACAGCAGAAGCAAACUCCUCUGUGUUGGCCAGAUGAUUGCUUCACUAAUUUUCCCUCGUACUAAUCUCACCUGGAGCCCAGUGAGCCAAUAUGUCCAGCAGCAGCGGAUACGACACCGACACCUCGUCAGAGGCCGAGACGAUGCUCGGGCCCGUGCUUGAGUGGUACUCAAAGAUCUACAGUCGGCGCGUGGACAUUGUCGGCGAUUACGCUGGCAGCGAGCUCUUCCUCAUCGAAGGCGACUCUCUUCUCUUGCAUUGCUUCAGCGACGAGCACAUCGACUUCCAUCCUGGCUUUCAAUUGCUUCACGCCACUUGGGCCGUUGAAAAAUUCCUGCAAGGGUUAGUCUCGCGACGAUGCAACUUCCAUGUCGCCUUCUUCGACCAGCACCGCGAGCUUUGCGUGCCCCCGUUCCGUUCGCCUGAAGCGCGAGAGAAAUACCUUCUCGCAAGGCCUGCCAUCAUCCGGCAUCUCUCCACCCACCUGAAGCUCGUCCACCCGCAAAUCGAGGUCAAUGUGUUCCCUUCCGUCUCCUCGACUGCGUUUGCGCACUAUCUCCGGACCACAGAUCUGUACUUCAUCAUGUGUCAUGAUGGAGCUUCCUCAGGAGCCUUGCGCAGGAGGAAUAUCUUGAGCAAGAGUCUCAACGCCUUUGAGGAUGAGGAUGAAGACGAGGACGAGGAUACCCAGGAGGACGUGCUACGGACGAAGACAACCUUCCGCCAGCUCAUAUAUUGGUUCAUGCAGCGCGGCCACUCGGUGGUAUUGAUCAACGGACUGGAAUGGCGAGACACAAAGGCGGUAGCAACUGUGUUGGAGAAGCCUCCUCGAACUGAGAACAGCAUUUCAUUGACGAUCGAUUCCAUUAGCACAGCUGCGAAGGAGCCGCGCCCGCAGUUUCUAACUCGUUCUAUCUUCGAUACUGUCAAAGCCAAUAUCAACCACGAGCUGACCGAGCGUCAAUACCUCACCCUCCUUGUUCUGUCGAUGCUUCAGUCCGAGGACAAGACCACUGGGAAGUUCUCGAAUGCUUUUCUACGCCAUACGGCGUUGCUGGCACAGCUACGCUUGUCUGAACGACUCAUCGAGGUCUCGGAUCUCAGCAAUUCAGACAGUGCAUCUGUAUUGUUGUUCUGUGAGGAAGCCACCACAGUGCUCCACUCGGCGGCAUGGGCAGGAAACAUGCGAGCUUGGCAAUGCGACUGCGAUGUCGCCGAUCUUGUUGACGGUCGGCUGCUUGCCGCGUGCUUACGCGACGCCUCGAUCGGCCGCAACGAAUAUAGUCAAUCGCUAUUGCGGGUCCUAGCGUCGCUCGGCGCCAAUGGCAUUUCGGAUGAGACGGAGGUCGUAGAUUCGAGUGAAGGACGAACCAAGAAAGUCACGCAGGUCGAACCGCCUUCAUCGGAUUCUUAUGCUGUCCUGCCUUUCUCCAACAGCAUAUUUGACGAUCAUCUCGCGCCGGUUCAUCUCGCCGAAGAUCAAACAGGGGAUAUCGCCGACGCUACUUCUACAAAUAUCUUCCGGGAAGUGACUCAUUGGCACAACAGCAAACGUCCACUCGACCCAAAAUUGCGAGAAGACCAAAUUGCGCGAAAUCAAAAGCAGCAAUUUUUCGCGCGCCGGCGCAACCAAUUCUUCAUGGCCGAAAUGACAGCAUACGCUGCUAGUCUCACGAAUGCGGUCGGGAAAGCGCUGGAGCCUGAAAUCAUAGCGUCUGGCGUGAAGUCCGAAAAGAAGGAUGAUCACACGAAGCCCAAGGGUAACCCCAAAGCCAAUAAGAAGGCAGCGCCGACGAAGAAAGAAGCAAUGCUAGCCGAGAUUGCAGCAAAGAAGAGUCGCAAGGAUGAAGCAAGUUCGGAGACCCUUCUUCAAGGCUGGCGCUCAACCUGCGAUGCCUUGAAUCGCGAGCCUACCCCAGUCAUCCAGUUUCGAAAGGCCAAGCAAUACCUUUCCACGCUCAACACAGAGUUGAAGCGGAAUGCUCUCGAGGCCGAAGUGCGGCUCUACAUGCUCAACGCUAUUAUUUCCAUGUGGGUAUCCGCUUGCCGGGAUGACGAAAAGACGAACCACAUGCCCAUCGCCGCUCUCAUUUUCGACAACGUCAACACGCUCUCGAAGUCGGGUAAGCCAAUCACGAAGACCAUUGCGAAUUGCCUUGAGAAGACCCUGAAAUAUCUCUCGUUACCUAAGUUACGACUUCCAUCGCCGGAAGGGGAUCGAGCGUUGGCUUUCAAGUUCAUCCUGAACGACCCUCCCACCGUUUCGCUAGCUUUGCCUAUCCCGCCCGACAGCUUCCAAUUGCUCCAUUGUGGACCAUACUUUGAUCGGAACAUAGACUCGGGGCCCGAUCCUCGCGUUCCAUUUGAGCCAGAUGCAUGGCAACGAAGAGUCCUUGAUGAGAUUGAUGCGAGGCGCAGCUUGCUCGUCAUCGCGCCCACUUCGGCCGGAAAGACAUUCAUCUCUUUCUACGCUAUGAAGCAAGUCUUGGAGUCGAACGACACCGACAUCCUGGUAUAUGUGGCCCCUACUAAGGCGCUAGUCAAUCAAAUCGCCGCCGAAGUACAAGCGCGGUUCUCGAAAUCGUACAAAUACGGAGGCAGCUCUGUGUGGGGUAUCCAUACACGGGACUAUCGCAUCAACAACCCAACAGGAUGUCAAGUUCUUGUUACGGUGCCCCACAUCCUACAGAUCAUGCUCUUGGCUCCAUCAAACGCCAAUUCUUGGUCCAAACGGAUCAAGUGGAUUAUCUUUGACGAGGUGCACUGUAUCGGUCAAGCAGAGGAUGGCUUGAUUUGGGAACAGCUACUACUUAUGGCUCCUUGUCCGAUCAUUGCGUUGUCCGCUACCAUAGGCAAUCCUGACGAGUUCAGUGCGUGGCUUACCUCAACUCAACGAUCGCUAGGUAACGAUCUCGUCAUGGUACAGCAUCCGCACAGGUACUCUGAUCUACGCAAGUUCGUCUACGUCCCGAAACGACCAUUGCGAGUUGGUUCUGCCUUGCCAACACAAGGUGGCUCCGGACAACAGCAGCGAGGCAUACAAUCUGAGACCCGGUUCGAGUUCAAAGGCCUACCCGAGAUUAGCGCAUUCGCCCAGUUAGGGUUGGACGACCGCGAAGACUUUGCCUUCCUCCAUCCGGUAGCGAGUCUCAUCAACAGGGCCCGCGGCAUCCCCCACGAUUUUAGUCUCGAAGCGCGGGACUGCUUCACGCUUUGGCAGAGCAUGUCCAAACAUCAAACAGCCGCUUAUUCGCUUGACAAAGCCCUAGAUCCCACGUCUGCACUUCCCGCUAUUAUCAAGAAGGUCGACAUCAUUCGCUGGGAGGCUUCACUUAAGGCAGUGCUUCGUGACUGGAUGGCAGAUGUCAACUCGCCUUUCGAUGCUGUCUUGAAAGACCUCAGCAGCCCACUGAGGAGGUCACAGAGUCGCUUAGAGAGAGGAGAAGCAACCGAAAAAGGGAAUGACCUGGAUAUUGAGCAGAAUGAGAUUGGAAACGCGCACGACAUCAACAGUAUUCUACCACUCCUUGCGAAUCUCCAUGAGCAAGAUGCGCUUCCAGGGAUCAUCUUCAACUAUGAUCGUGGCCUCUGCGAGAAGAUCUGUCAGACCUUGAUGACCCAACUCGAGACGGCAGAGGAAGUGUGGAAGGAAUCGAGCGCAAAGUGGAAAGCUACGUUGCACAAAUGGGAGGAAUACAAAAAGGUCAUGGUCAAGGCAGGCAAACGCGGACCGCCUAAGCUGCCGAAGAAGAAAGGUGCUGCGGGAGAAGAUGCCCUCACCAAGGAAGACGUAAUGAGAGACGCUGCCAACAAUGAAGCUAGUCCAUGGGCUUCAUUUGAUCCUAACAAACCGGUCGACGGGUUUCACUUCGCCGAUGACAAGAGGCUGUCACACGGCGAUUUGGCUGUCUAUGAGAAGGAACUUCGUCGCCGAGAAGUUCCAGAAUGGCUGCUUAGUGCCUUAAGGAGAGGGAUUGGUGUCCAUCAUGCUGGCUUGAAUCGCAAAUAUCGCCAGGUGUGCGAGAUGCUCUUCCGGAAGAGAUAUCUACGUGUAGUCGUCGCCACCGGAACUUUGGCGCUGGGUAUCAACAUGCCUUGCAAAACUGUGGUCUUCUCGGGAGACUCAGUCUUUUUGAGCGCCCUCAACUACCGGCAAGGCGCUGGUCGUGCCGGUCGCCGAGGCUUCGACAUGCUUGGGAACAUCGUGUUCCAUGGAAUCUCACUGAGCAAGAUCCACCGCCUCAUCAGCUCUCGUCUGCCCGACAUCAAUGGUCAUUUUCCGAUCACAACGACCUUGGUACUCCGUCUUUUCACGCUCCUGCAUGAUUCGAAGAACUCCUCUUUUGCCAUUCGAUCGGUCAAUGCGUUACUUUCUCAGCCCAGACUUUAUCUCGGGGGCGAGGAGUCGAAGAUGACGGUUCUCCAUCACCUCCGCUUCUCGAUCGAAUAUCUUCGGAGACAAUUCUUGCUGGACUCCCAUGGCGCGCCACUGAAUUUUGCCGGAUGUGUAAGCCAUUUGUACUUCACGGAGAAUUCGUCGUUUGCGUUCCAUUCUCUGCUGAAAGACGGGUACUUCCACCAGCUGUGCACAAACGUUGAUACGAACCGGGAGAGCGUUCUCCGAGAGCUUAUUCUCGCAAUGGCGCAUCUAUUUGGUCGUCUUUACUGUCGCCAAGCCGACGAAGAGUUUGUGGAGCAAGUCGUGAAGCGGAGUCCAUCGAUCGUCUUCCUACCUCCGAUGCCUGAGCUUGCGGCCGGGAUCUUGCGUACACACAACCAGUCGACCCUGGAGAUCUACAAGGCCUAUGUUCGCACCUUCGUCGAUCAACAUCUUAAGGAGCCUGACGCUGCCCUACCGUUGACCCAGUUCAAGAUAUGCGGCCAGAAAGGCUCUAGUCCAGCUACCGGUCUGCCGCAGCGCACCCCAACCAAUGUCCGUUCUCCUUUCGUCGCACUGUCCGGGCAUGAUGAUGAAUUUGAAUCGAUCCACGACCUCUGUGCAACUAUUCGCUCCGGAGUCUUCCUGGAGGAAGCGGUGGUGCCGUACGUCGGCCUCUACCCCGAGGAGUCCGAGAUGCCACUCAACGCCUACCUAUACGACUUCUUCAUGCACGGAGACGUCACAGCACUUGCGGCAGCAAACCGAAUCCGGAGCGGAGACGUCUGGUACGUGCUGAAUGACUUCUCAAUGGUUCUCGCAACGAUUGUCACCAGCUUAUCCAACUUCAUGAACCUAACUCCGCAAUCCGACCUCGACUUCACAGACGUUCGCGGCGAAGGCGAAGACGCAGAAGAAAGGCAGGAAGACAAGCUCCUUCCAGACGAUUCCGGCUACGAGACCGGCUCGACCGCUUCCACACCUUCUGGGGCCGCUGCUCCGGGGAAGAAGAGCCUUUCCAUCCAACCUAGGAGGAAGAAAAAGGUCGCGGAUACUUGGGACGAAGAUGCGGACAAAGAAGAAUUUGAGAUCGAGGUUGCGGCCAAGAAGGAAAAGGCGGAGGCUAAGGCACGGGCCUUGGAAGAGAAGCCGGCUUGGGAGGAAGGCACCGGACUGUUGAACGUACUCAAAGCGUUCAAGGCGUUGAAGGAGGAGUUUGAUACGAAGUUCAGGGCUAUGUGGGCUUGAUUGAGUCCUGGGAUAAGCGUCGCCCGGCACGAAAUAUGGAUUCAACAUGCCAUAUUCGUGGGUUACCUUCGCGUCCUGGGCUACAUCGCAUCACAGAUUUGAGCUAGGGGAAAAUUGAGACAGUGAUACAGGUAUAGAGCAAGACAUACACCUUGUAAUAAAUAUUAUCCAGAGGGUAUAAAUAUACCGUCGCGCACUGCUG